AUGGAAGCUCAACCGAUCAUACUUCUCAAUGGCUGGCCAGGGGUGGGAAAAGACACGGUUGCGGAGACACUCAGCCUUCUGAUCGGUGACAACAAAGCAUCAUUGUUGGAUUGGGGAAAGGGUCGAGGCGAGAGCUUUCAGCCCAUACCUGAUGACGAUGAAGUGGCACAAAAGGCUCAACGGGACGCAUGCCUUGCUGAUCAAGUCGAACAUCCAUCAACGUUCAGCAAGAUGGUCAUAUGCACAGACUGCCUGCCAGACACGCCACUGGGGAUGCGACUUGCUCGGGACUUCGAGGUCGUCGCGAAGAGGACCAACCGUUUAUUGAUCCCAAUCUAUCUGGAGUGUCAGGUGGAAGAAAACAUGCGGAGAUUACAGGAGGCGGAGAGAAGGGUUAGUCUGAAGGACAAGAUUCGAAGCCCUAACGAGGCCAAGACGGUCAGAUCCGAUGGAGGCAGCCUGUUCAUCUUCAAGGCACGAGAAGGCCUGAGCAUCAACAUCACCAAGAUGCUACCACAUGAAGCAGCCCUGAAGAUAUUGUCAUACAUCAGAGAUCUGAUCGAUCGUCGGAACGAAGAGCUGGUCAAUGAGGAGACGACGCCGUUGGAGGCGAGCGAGCCGGCGUGGGGUUGA